GGAUGGAGCCUCAGACAGACACAGAGAUGCAGAGGGACAGAAACAAGGAUCCGACGGCGGAGUCGGGUUAGAAAGAAAGAAAACAGCCAGCUGGAUGGAGGCAGGGGUCCUGAAAAGGUCCUGACAGGGGUCUCUAGGCAGGGACCCCCACAGACAGCCCAGACAGAGUAGCACUGCAUAUGGUUCUCGGAAGGCAUCCACUCUAUCCUCUGGCAAGGAUUUGGGGGGGAUCUUUCCCGGUAGCCAGGACCCGCUCCUCUUCCCUCCCUCAGCUUCUUCUACAGGUCUUCAGUCUUGCCAGCUUUCCGCAUUCCUACCUCAAACUGCCCUCCUCAUCUCAGAGACGGAACCCCCUCCACUUGCUCCCUAACCCCAGCCCUGAUCUGCCCUCCCCCUCCCACCUCCGCAGCAGCCACCUGCAGACUCCACUCAGGCCAUUUUAGAGGCUCUGGUCCUUAUUGGUUGUGCCUUCUCCAUCUCUGGGUCUCACUUCCCUCACUCUCUCUUAUACCCCCGCCCCACCCCCCGCCCUGCCCAGGGCCUCUCUUCCUCUCUCUGGGUCUCCCACUCUUUUUCUUUCUCUGUCUACUUCCCAUCACUAUCCAUCCUUCCGGUACCACCUUCUGUGGGGUUCUAUCUCUUUCCUGGCUGUCUGUCUCUGUCUUCCUCUUCGCUUCUAUGUUCCUCUCUUCCUGGAUCCUGUUCCUCUGUCCCUUUCUCGCCUCUCAGGCACCCUCACCAGCUUCCCACCCCCACCCCCCACCUGCUGCUGCUCUCGGCAAGGACCCUCAGGAGGCACUCGGAUCCACCCAGCCCAGCCCACUUCUGCCGUCCUAGCCAAGAUUCUCCACCCCCAGCUGGCAGGCAUGGGAUAGGAUUUGUUGGAGGACUUCCUCUUCCCAGCCUGGCUCCCUUUCUCUAUACCUUGUGUCUCUCAAGUCCUGAGCUGGAUUUGAGAACCAAGCAAGGUGCACCAGCAGGAAGAACCGGGGUUUUGGGCCUCCCUUUCCACCUACCCCCUCUGGCUGUGGAGGAGGACAUCGACUUUCCUCCCUUCGUUAUAACUUCUGCACGCCCCUCCUCCGUCCCCGCCGACCUUCCUUUUCUCCCGCUUCGCCCGGCUCUCGUCGCUCCCUUUGCCUCCCCUCCCACCCCUGCAGUUGGGCUCCCGGAUCCGCAGCCUGGCGUCCCGGUGCGCACCAUGCGGGCCCUGCUGCUGCUCGGGACCGUCGCGCUGCUGGCCUCCGCCACGGGCCCGGCCGGGGCGCGCCCAUCCAAUGACACGAGCGCCGUGGCCCCGGGCCCGCUGCCUGCGCUCCUCGCGCACCUGAGGCGCCUAACCGGGGCUCUGGCGGGCGGCGGGAGCGCGGCGGGCACCGGCGCCAACGCCACCAAGACCAGCCCCGCGGGUGGCGCGGGCGCAGCGGCACGGGCGCCCCCUCCGGCCGAGCUCUGCCACGGCUACUACGAUGUCAUGGGCCAGUACGACGCCACCUUCAACUGCGGCACCGGCUCCUACCGCUUCUGCUGCGGCACCUGCCACUACCGCUUUUGCUGCGAGCACCGCCACAUGCGCCUGGCGCAGGCCUCCUGCUCCAACUACGACACGCCACGCUGGGCCACCACGCCUCCGCCUCUAGCCGGAGGCGCCGGGGGCGCAGGGGGUGCGGGCGGGGGGCCGGGGCCGGGCCAGGCAGGGUGGCUGGAAGGGGGCCGGGCCGGGGGCGCGGGGGGACGUGGGGGCGAGGGCCCCGGGGGCAGCACCGCGUACGUGGUGUGCGGAGUCAUCAGCUUCGCCCUAGCGGUGGGCGUCGGUGCCAAAGUGGCCUUCAGCAAGGCGUCGCGUGCGCCCAGAGCGCACCGGGAGAUCAACGUGCCCAGAGCUCUGGUGGACAUUCUGAGACAUCAGGCAGGACCUACAACCCGUCCAGACCGGGCUCGAAGUAGUUCUCUGACCCCGGGGCUAGGAGGCCCAGAGAGCAUGCCCCCCAGGACGCCCAAGAACCUUUACAACACCAUGAAGCCCUCCAACCUUGAUAACCUGCACUACAACGUCAACAGCCCCCAGCACCGCGCUGCCACACUGGACUGGCGAGCCAUGCCACCACCCAGCCCCUCCCUGCACUAUUCCACGCUGUCCUGCUCGCGAUCCUUCCACAACCUCUCGCAUCUUCCCCCGUCCUAUGAGGCUGCUGUGAAGUCAGAACUGAACCGCUACUCCUCUCUGAAGAGACUGGCUGAGAAAGAUCUGGACGAAGCCUACCUGAAGCGCAGACAUCUGGAGAUGCCCCGCGGGACACUGCCUUUGCAUGCCCUCCGGCGGCCCGGCACUGGAGGUGGUUACCGCAUGGAUGCCUGGGGUGGUCCGGAGGAGCUGGGCCUGGCACCGGCCCCCAACCCCCGGCGGGUUAUGUCCCAGGAGCACCUGCUGGGUGACGGUGGCCGGGCUCGCUAUGAGUUCACACUGCCUCGAGCCCGUCUGGUGUCCCAGGAACACCUGCUGCUGUCCUCACCAGAUGCUCUUCGCCAGAGCCGUGAGCACCUGCUGUCACCCCCACGAAGUCCUGCGCUGCCCCCAGAUCCCACCACCCGGGCCAGCCUGGCCGCCUCACACUCCAACCUGCUGCUGGGGCCCGGGGGGCCCCCCACACCACUGCAUGGGUUGCCUCCGUCAGGCCUGCAUGCUCACCAUCACCAUGCCCUUCACGGCUCUCCUCAGCCAGCCUGGAUGUCCGAUGCAGGCGGGGGCGGGGGCACACUGGCCCGCAGGCCACCCUUCCAGCGCCAGGGCACCCUGGAGCAGCUUCAGUUCAUCCCUGGCCACCACCUGCCGCAGCACCUGCGUACUGCCAGCAAGAACGAAGUGACUGUCUGAGGCCAGGGUUGAGCGCUGGGGGCUGUGGCUUCUGAGGCCCCCUCCUCCCAGCCCAGACCUCCAUCACAGGCUUAUCACACACACCAAGGGUCUGAGACCAGAUGGGCCCUUGGGUCGGAGACCACACUUCCUUUGGGAUGUCACAGUAGAUGAGAUCUCUCCUCCUACUUUGUCACUGUUUGAACCAAGGCCUCCUUCCCAUGAUGUCAUCACAGAGGAAGAGGCCUGGACACGAGGUCAUCGCUAGCAAAUAUGUCUGUGUUCUAACGAUGUUGUUGCAGGGACUAAACCUCCUUCCUAUGAGGUCGCCACAGAGGAAGAGGCCUGCCCGUGAGGUCGUCGCCAGAGGCUGCGUCCAUUUUGCAUGACAUCACCAUAGAGACUCCCUUCUUGUGAUGUCACCACAGACAAUGCCUUGUCCCAUCCCAUCGUCCCUAGACACAAAGAUUUCUUGCUGCGAUGUCACUACAGAGACAAGUCUCACACACUUCUCGAGACUUCUUGAUAUCAUCCCGAGCACCAAGGCCUCUGGGAAUUGCCCUCACAGGAAAAAAUGUUUCUCUGCUAUGGAGAAGAUGCCUCCAUCCCAUGAUGCCAUGACCACGGACAAAGCCAUUUUCCUGGGACACAUUGCAGAGGACCAUGCCCUGCCAUUUGUGUCCUCACUAAAGAUUAGGCCUCCUUCCCACAAUGCCGUCACAGGAUUUUGCCUCCCUCCUGUGAGGCCAUCACCAGAAUAGGUGCCUUGCCCGAUGGCGCCAUCACAGGGACCAUGCCUCUUCAUGUGAUGUCAUUAUCAGAAAUGACCACCUGUUACGGGGACCUCCACAGGACGAGGUCCUUCUGGGGUGUGACCACCAGUUACCACCCACUUGGAAAUGACACCCGGAGACACUCCUAUUGCUGUGCCAUUUUGUGAGGAAAUCGGCAUGUUCAGCCCAAGACCACUUGGGAAGAUGCCAGAGAAAGUAACUUUUCCUACGAUGUAAUAUGAGGGUAUCAGCACCCGGGAUGCCAAGACAAUGGCCUGUCUGUAGGAGGCUGGUAAUGAUGCCCUCCGUUGCUUGGG